UUGUAGAGGUGAAUUUGUCGUCUCUUUUUGAUAAAGUUCUUCUUGACUGUGUAUGCCGGCUCUCUUUACCCAGGGAGCGAUCAAAAAAAAGUCGCUUGCAUGCAGUGCUAUCGCAUUUUACAUAUACUAGGACAACAUUACUCCAAUCGGACGAAGACCGGCUGCGAGCGAUACUCUCGAGUGCCACUGUACACGCACGAUGUACUUCGCCACUAUUGCCUCUGCUGGCAACAUAUUUCAGCAGUUUAUAUGGGGAUGAGGUUUUCCGUGCACUCUGUCGGCCGCCGCCACAAAUUUAUGCCGCUGGAUCCAUUAAGGUGCCCAAAAUCAGCUGAAUGUAUUCGUGGUCUGCCUGUGAGAGGGCGUCCUGCCAUUAGCAGUCAAUCACGUCCAAAAAUGAGUAAUGGUCUGCCUGUCAUAUCCGAGAUCGUGCCCUCUUUCUGCAAUGUAUUGGCCCGAGUACGGUGUGUGAUGUCCUGCUUUGUUACUUCCCUUUCACUCUGCCUUUGGACCGGCCUGAUGAACAUUACAUUGCACAGAUACUAUCCAUAGAGUAUGGAGCUGUGGUGAUAGAACGUCUCGCUCAUCAGAUCACUCAAGUUUCCACUCACGAGCGCAUGAAAAUGGUCAGAAAAGAUCGGAAAAUGCAGGCGGUACUCGAUAAACGCAACAU